ACUCCAGUGGUGGGGCUGACUAUAACAAGUUGCCCGGAAGCCUUUCAUAUUAGGAGGACUUGAAGGAAUUUAGGGUUUUAUGAUAUCGAUUCACAAGUUCUGUAUGUUUUUGUGUCAUUUGAAGAAUCCUUUUUUUUUUUUUUGCGGGGGAGACCCCCAGCCAGCCCAUCCUUCACUACAUGACUGUUACACCCACAACUAUCUUCUAAGCGGUACUUACCGCUGAUCAAGAAAAACGAUGACUCAGUUUUUCCUUUCCAGACAGUUCGAACAAAAAUCUCGACAUUCGUAAAAAAAAUGACGACUUUAGACGAUAAACUACUUGGAUUGAAGACCCAAAACUAUGUAUCAAGCUCCGAGAGUGAAGGAGAAGACGACGACGAGAAGAGUUCAGGCGGAGAGGAUAGCAGAGACGAUAAAAUUGAUCUUGGCGAUAUAGCAGCACCACCAGAUUUUCGCUUGGAAGUUCCGAAGACAGGACCUAAAGGUGUUAUUCAAGAUUAUCGUCGUUAUAAGCAGCUUGAGACAGAGCAACGCAAAGAGAAAGAAAAAGAGAUGAGAUCUUUAGCACAGAAGUUUUCUGUUUCCUGUCAAAGUAGUCUUGAUGAUGAGAGAGAAAAAAAACUCCUUAAGGAACUAGAGCUUGACACCGAUGAAUUUAUUCAACAAUAUCACUUACAAAGAUUGCUGCAGCUGAAAGAAGAACAAGAACAGAGGCUUCACUUUAACAGACCCAAAUUUGGAAAAGUAAUCACACUACUGGACAAACAUCAGUUCCUUGAUGCUAUAGAUAAAGAAAAUCCAAGCGUGAUAGUGGUGGUUCAUCUUUAUAGUGAGGACCUUCAAAGCUGCAGGGCAAUGAAUGGCUGUCUCCAAUGUUUAGCUCAACAAUACUCUCUGGUUAAAUUCUGCAAGAUUAUUGCUCGAGAUACAGGAAUCAGCAGACAUUUUACUUCAGAAGGCCUUCCAGCAUUACUUGUUUACAAAAGUGGACAAAUCAUUGGAAAUUUUGUCAAGCUAGAAGACACCUUUGGACAAGACUUCUUUGCUGUAGAUGUAGAAAGCUUCUUAAUUGAGAAUGACAUUUUGACAGAGGAGUUAGAAUGCCAGUUAACUACAAGUGUGACAUCUAAAAAGGAAGAUAAUAGUGAUAGUGACUUGGAUCUAGAUUAAUUUGCUUACCUGCUAUAUACAGUGACAGGUGGAAGAAUUUUGUUUGUCAGUCAAAGUUCUUCCUUACUAAGCAGUCAGUAAGGGUGCUGCUUACAUGUACCAUUUGUCAAAAUAAACCACUUGGGAUGACGGUUGAAUAAUGGUAAAGGUUUUUUUCCAAAAUCAGCAAACCAACUGACUGAGAUGACAUUUACUAUUUACGAUUUGAUAUCUGGUGAUUGUUUUCGGCUGAUGAGAGACUGGAAACUGAAAACGUAGCAAAUGAUAAAGAAAUUUCCUCUGUUCUGUUCCAAAUGGAAAAAGACACAUGUACAACAUGUACCUCAGAUCUGGAGAUAGUCUAUAAUUUGCGAACAGAUUUUCCAGAAAAUUACCAUUCCAUUUGACUUUCAACUGAAAUUUUUGGAUUUUUGGCUAAAUGAUAAGCACCCUAAAUUCUUCUCAACUCUCCCCUCAUUGUGAGAAGACAGAACUUGAUCAUGUCUGUGGAUUAAAAAGAUGGUUAAACCAA